AUGGCAUUAUUUUAUCUCAUGCGAAUCAAGCCUAAAAUAGCAACACUUGAAGUAAAAGACACAACCAAAACCAAUAACAAAAGUGAUCCAGCUACUUGUGGUCAUCGGAUGUUUCUUGCAUCAAUUAUAAUAGCAUCCAAAUAUCUUCAAGAUUGCAAUCAUGCCAAUAGUGCAUGGUCAAAGAUAUGUGGCUUACCUGUGAAAGAUAUUAAUGCAAUUGAGAGACGCUUUCUUAUUCUUAUUGAUUAUAAUCUUUUUAUAAAGAAUAAUAUUUUUCAGAAUUGGUCCAAUUGCUUGAGAUCAAGUAUCUAUUCUUUUUCUAGAUCAGAAAUAAAGAAAAACGAAGUUUUUAGUAAAGACGAAGAUCAGAGAGCUAUUGCAUAA